AUGAAGGGCUGGCUCCAGCCCCUGGUGCUCGCUGCGUCAUUAGCAGGCGGAGUUGUCGCAAAUGAAUUUAAUAUACAACAAGAUGAUGCUCAUCGACAACGGUGUUCAGGCAUGUACAGCCGGAAAGCCUGGGGCGGCGAUAUCGAUCCCUUCAUCCUCACGAAAUUCAUGAAAGUCGAAGACAACGCAGAAGAUGCCCUUGUCAGCUUGGUUAUAUUCGAAUGGGGUGACGAGGCACUGAUAGGACGCGAAGUUCCGGGAACCGAUGAGCUAGCUACAAUUUGUGACCAGGCCAAAGUCGACGUCGAUCUUUGUACCUCAGAAGAGAUAGGGUCCUUUAUACUCGCUGUAAACGCUACGGAAACUUCGAAAUCGCCCAUCUUAUCCAAAGCUAUCAAUUUGAAAGAUCCUGCCGCUAUAAACUAUCCAGUGAAGAAGACCGGCUUCUACUGUGUUAGUACUUAUGCUUUCUCUGGGCACGACUAUCAGGGCGUUGUGGAGUUCCGAAAUGCAUAUGGUGAACUCCCGGCUGCUCAAAUUGCUAAGUUACCAUUUUAUGGAGGACUUACCAUUGUAUAUGCGGUCUUCGGAGUCUUCUGGGGUUUCCUUUAUGUCCAGAACCGACACGAUAUCCUCCCUGUGCAGAACUACAUCACAGCUAUUCUCAUCUUUCUUGUCAUUGAGGAAGCAAUGACUUGGGGAUUUUAUGAUUAUCAAAACAGUCAUGGCUCGAACGCACUUGCCAAGGUCCUGAUGAUCAUCGUAGCUAUCCUCAAUGCCGGUCGAAAUGCUUUCUCAUUCUUCUUGCUGCUUAUUGUCUGCAUGGGCUACGGAGUCGUUAAGCCGUCCUUGGGAAGAACAAUGAUCUGGGUCCGAGUCCUUGCGAUAACACACUUUGUGUUUAGUAUGAUAUAUGGCAUUGCAAGUCUCACAAUUACCCCCGACAGCGCCGGUCCUCUGGUGCUACUGGUCAUUCUUCCGCUUGCAGCAACCCUGACAACCUUCUACGUUUGGACCCUCAACUCGUUGAACAUGACUAUGAAGGAUCUGGUCGAUCGGAAACAAAAGACCAAAGCGAUGAUGUAUAAGAAGCUGUGGUGGUCAAUCCUCGGUAGCAUUAUCGUGAUUUUUGCCUUCUUCUUUAUCAACUCAUUUGCCUUUGCUGGCCGGAACGCGGCCAACUUCGUCCCGGAUCACUGGAAGACGCGAUGGUUCAUCUUGGAUGGAUGGCUGAAUAUCGUUUAUCUUUUUGAUAUUGCAUUCAUCUCCUACCUAUGGCGUCCGACUGUCAAUAACAGGAGGUUCGCAAUGAGUGACGAGCUCGCCCAAGAUGAUGAUGGCUUCGAAAUCCGUUCUCUCGCCAACUCACUUGAUGAAGAAGGCGCGAUCCCACUUACAGAUGAAUAUGAUCGCUACUCUCCAGAGACCGAACUAUCACCCGUACCACCAAAACCCGUUCAGCCUGCUCCUCAACAUCGCGAGUCUCUCGAUGGUGAGACCAUAUUUGCCGUUGGUGAGGAAGACGGCGACAAGUUCAGUGACGAUGAUGAUGACUUUCGGAAAUCUUCCGAGGAGGCGAGAAAAUUGACCGGGACUUCACAUUCAUAA